UCCUAUUGGAGAUGUGUUCUUCAUCGCCUGUGUAUAACAUGCAACCAGCCUACAUUACUGCCAAUAUAGGUGCCACGACGGGGAGGAACAUCAGAAACCUGCCGUGCAUAUCCAGAAAGAACAACCAAAGUGGAGUCUGCAUGUUCGCCAUAGAUUGUCUAAAAGCCAAUGGCACUCACCUGGGCACCUGCAUAGACAGGUUCUACUUUGGUUCCUGUUGUCACAUUGAACCCAGUCAUGAUAUUAUCGAGAACACCAUCGAGUCCGAUAUUAUCCCCUCUCGGGUGCCCCCUAACAGAUUGAGCAGUACAACGACUACAUCUCUAACUACUUUGAGUACUAUUAUGCCCACCAGUGGGGAUAUAGUGAAUAUUAUUAGUAAUUUAGGGGUCAAUAAGAAUGUAAGUGAAUCGAGUGUUACAACUAUUCAGAGUAUUUCGAAUACGACGGUUACAACGACUGAUCAGCCUAUGACAACAACAAUGAAACCCAAAUUAACAACGAAUGAGCCGAGAACAACAACUGAGAAAACGACCGUUCCCACUGUAGCCCCAGUCACUCAGGUUAUAGAAAAAUUACAAACAUUCCAAUCCGUUAAUGGUAGUCCAUCCACUGAAACGACAAUCAAGCUAACAACAACUGCCCCAACGAAACCAACCACCAAAGCUCCUAUAAAAACCACACAGAAACCUGUAAGACCAAGCAAACCAGUAAAUGUUUCGAAACCUAUUACUACUACUAAGCCUAGUAGUAGUGUUAAACCGAUCAGCACCACAAAACCUGUUAGCACUACUAAACCUGUUAGUACCACAAAGCCUGUGAGCGCUGCAAAGCCUGUCAACGCCUCCAAACCUGUUACCAAACCAACAGCAAGGCCGAAACCAACGACGACCACAAAACCUGUGAAGAUAACAAAGCCCACAAAAACUACAGCCAAACCGAACAUCACAACUACGAGAAAGCCUGUUACCCAGAAGCCCACAGUGCCAGCUAAAGUCACAACGAAACCCACAACAAAGAAACCUGUAGUUACAACGAAACCCACGAGGAAGGUGGUAACGAAAGUUCCACAAUCAACUGUGCCAACCACAAUAAAAACGACAACGAAAACUACAACGAGAGUAACAACGACGACUCCAAAGACUGCUGCGCCAACAACAAAGCCCAAAAUAACGCAAGCUCCCACAACAAUUUCCACAACUCAAUCCAAUGAUGUUCACACAAAAUUGAAUAUCUCUUCGAUUUUAGAGUCGGUGAAUGGUAAUCCCGCCACGAACGAGAUAGAAUCUGUUAAACCCGUUGCAGCGGCAACAACGACAACGGAAAAAUCAACAACCAAACCCUCGUUGGUCACCUGGACGGUAAACGAUGACAAAAAGAAUUUCACCACGGCACCGGUGGAGAGUGUUGCCAGCAAUUCAACAACACUACCUGAAGACUGGGUGCCAAUAACCACCCCGGAUGGAUGGGUACUUUUGCCCAGCGUUUCUCCUGUAACAAACAGUCCCCCUCCAGCUGAAACGUCCUCCGUAAUGCCGACCAUGAUCACCACAACACCCAAAAGUACGGAUUCCGUUCCGCCAUCAACCACACCUUCGACCCAACCAUCUCCCGCCGCUUCCACAAUCGAGGCGACGAAGCCGUCAAUAACCUACAUCCCCCUGCAAACGUCCACAACAGAUUUGCCCCUUGCGACCUUCUUCACAACUGCGACAACGAACGUAACCUCCACGGAGAGGAUGCCGGAGACGACUUCGACGAUGGGUUCAGUAACGCAGAACGUGGGUACAACGUCCUUGCCGGAAAUCAGACCGGUCAACAUGAGCGAUUUCACAGACGUGUGCGGUAGACGGAUGUAUCCAGAAGCCAGGAUUGUCGGUGGUGAGAAAUCAUCGUUUGGGAAGUGGCCAUGGCAAGUGUCGUUGCGUCAAUGGAGAACCUCCACUUACCUCCAUAAGUGCGGAGCUGCGCUCCUUAAUGAGAACUGGGCCAUCACUGCUGCGCAUUGUGUCGACACCGUACCACCGAGCGAUUUACUCUUGAGAUUGGGAGAGCAUGAUCUUUCGACUGAAAGCGAACCCUAUUUGCAUCAGGAGAGGAGGGUGCAAAUUGUCGCAUCGCAUCCACAAUUCGAUCCCAGGACGUUCGAAUAUGAUUUGGCGUUGCUGCGGUUCUACGAGCCAGUCACAUUCCAACCUAACAUCCUUCCGGUUUGUGUUCCACAAACUGAUGAGAACUUUGUCGGAAGGACUGCUUACGUGACAGGUUGGGGGAGGUUAUACGAAGACGGUCCCCUUCCUAGUGUCUUGCAAGAAGUCUCCGUUCCGGUGAUCAACAACUCCGUGUGCGAGUCGAUGUACAGGUCGGCCGGCUACAUCGAGCACAUCCCACACAUUUUCAUCUGCGCGGGCUGGCGGCGGGGAGGCUUCGACUCUUGCGAGGGUGAUUCCGGGGGUCCCAUGGUGAUCCAGCGGGAGGACAAGAGGUUCUUGCUGGCGGGCAUCAUUUCGUGGGGAAUCGGGUGCGCGGAACCCAACCAACCGGGCGUUUACACGAGGAUCAGUGAGUUCCGGGACUGGAUUAACCAGAUCUUGCAGUUUUAGAUGGAACAGAAAGUGCAUUUCAACUAGAUGCGGUUGAUGGAACGAGGGAACGGUGGCAGUCCGCUAUUAAUAUGAUAAACUCAUUUUCAAGUCGAGUUUCUCCCUAGACUGUAUUUUUGAUUUGUAAACACGGUCAAAGGAAUAUUACUAGUUAUUGCCGUGUCUGUGGAUGAUCUACAACGAAAGACUUCGAUUGUUAUUUAGUUAUUAAGUACCAAAAAUUCUGCUAAAACUAAUUAUCUCAAAAAACACUACUUUUAAUGUGAUCUACAAAUACUAUAUAUUUAUCAAUUCCUUAGGUAUUUAAUACAUAAUUUAAGAAUAAUAAAUUGUAUAUUUUUUAUAAAAAUCAUAAAAUGUAUUGUAUAUUAGAAACAAGUGAUAGUAUUAAUUUAACUUAUGGACCAUUGUAUAAAUAGACACAUAUUUUUAGACAUAUAAUUAUUUAUUAUAAUUAUUGAUAGGUAAAGUUAAAGUAUACAUUGUACUUUACCUUUUUCUGUUGACAGCGCUAAGAUAUAGAACGAAUGAAUUGUUAUUUAUAUUUAUGUAUGUAUAUACAGGUGCGUGUACUUACAUUUUGUAAAAAAUAAAUAUUUAUUUUAAAUUUUG